CUGAUUUGUUGAAUGAUGACACCCAAGCUUUCUGGCUAGAUCAUUACUCUGACUUCACCAGAGUUUUGUGUGACUUUCAAUAAGUCAUUAUAUUUUCUCUAAGAUACUUCAGAGUGCUUUAUUUCGAAGAGACAUUACCCCAGUCACAGGUCCGGAAAGGCGUCUCUGGGGGUGCAGAGCUGCUGAAGGCACACUUCCCCCCACCCCCUUAUUUGAAAGCACUGUCCUUUUCAUUUCAGAAACACAGUUCCUGAUCUAGAAUAAAUAUUGGGAAUUUAUGAGCGCUAUUAGGUAGAUUGCAUUCUUGGCAGGCUACGACCUCUUUAAUUUCUUUUCUGUGUCGAUUCUUAGCAUGUAAGACGCUGGCUCUGUUUACUCAGAGAUACGUUUCCAAAGUAUUUACUAGUAUUUAUCUGUGCUGAGAGGAAUAACUGUCUCGAGGGCAGCUUUUCUAUUCAGCCACCCCUCUGAGUCCCCAGGCUACAGGGAAGAGUUCGGCAAGGGAAGCUCAUCUUCCGGCCCUCUGAUUGGCCAGUUCGCACUCCACUCACUGGUUUUCCCGCUCUGAUUGGCCCCGGCGGCACCCCUUCGGCCCGCGACUACUUUGUGUGCCCGGGCGGCGCGGCUGGGUCCUCCUGCUCUGCUCGCCCUCUCUGGGACGGUCUGAGGUAGCCCUUCGGCCCACGGCACAGCAUCGCGGGCGUCAGGAUCCCCGAGUGCGAGCGGGUUGCUGUUCUGGCUGAGGCCACCUAUGGCCCUGGUGAUGUUUUAAUCCAAGAUAAAAGUCCUUUGCAUCUUUAUUUAUUAACUGAGCAAAUUUCAGCUAAUAAUUUCCAAGACCCAGAUUCAAGCAAUAAUACAUUUCUCUGCAAUACUGUGUAGUUUUCUUCAACAUCGUGAUUCUAUGGGAAGGAAGAAUGUAGACUCCGUGAAGUACAGGACAUUAAAGCUUCCUGCCUGUAUCACCAGGAAGAUCUCUUUGUAAGAGUCACCACAGGAUUACCAGAGAAAUUAACCUGUCUGAAGCAUCAUGUGUUGAAACAACAGAAACGUAUUUUCUUGUGUGGCUAACUAGAACCAGAGUACAAUGUUUCCAGUUCUCUGAGCUCCAGGAAGAUAGAGGACAGAGUUGAAACUCUGAAAAUGCGGGCAUGGACUGGUUCCUGGCGUUGGAUAAUGCUCAUUCUUUUUGCCUGGGGGACCUUGUUGUUUUAUAUAGGUGGUCAUUUGGUUCGAGAUAAUGACCACCCUGAUCACUCUAGCAGAGAACUCUCCAAGAUUCUUGCAAAGCUUGAACGCUUAAAACAACAAAAUGAAGACUUGAGGCGAAUGGCUGAGUCUCUCCGAAUACCAGAAGGCCCCAUUGACCAGGGGACGGCCACAGGAAGAGUCCGUGUUUUAGAAGAACAGCUUGUUAAGGCCAAAGAACAGAUUGAAAAUUACAAGAAACAAGACAGAAGCGGUCUGGGGAAGGAUCAUGAAAUCUUACGGAGGAGGAUUGAAAAUGGGGCUAAAGAGCUCUGGUUUUUUCUACAAAGUGAACUGAAGAAAUUAAAGCAUUUAGAAGGAAAUGAACUCCAAAGACAUGCAGAUGAAAUUCUUUUGGAUUUAGGACACCAUGAAAGGUCUAUCAUGACAGAUCUCUACUACCUCAGCCAAACAGAUGGAGCAGGGGAUUGGCGUGAAAAAGAGGCCAAAGAUCUGACAGAGCUGGUCCAGCGGAGAAUAACAUAUCUCCAGAAUCCUAAGGACUGCAGCAAAGCCAGGAAAUUGGUGUGUAACAUCAAUAAAGGCUGUGGCUAUGGCUGUCAACUCCACCACGUGGUCUACUGUUUCAUGAUUGCUUAUGGCACCCAGCGGACACUCAUCUUGGAAUCUCAGAAUUGGCGCUAUGCUACUGGUGGAUGGGAGACUGUGUUUAGACCUGUAAGUGAGACAUGUACAGACAGAUCUGGCCUUUCCACUGGACACUGGUCAGGUGAAGUGAAUGACAAAAAUAUUCAAGUGGUCGAGCUGCCUAUUGUAGACAGCCUCCAUCCUCGGCCUCCUUACUUACCACUGGCUGUUCCAGAAGACCUUGCAGAUCGACUCCUAAGAGUCCAUGGUGAUCCUGCGGUGUGGUGGGUGUCCCAGUUUGUCAAAUAUUUGAUUCGUCCACAACCUUGGCUAGAAAAGGAAAUAGAAGAAGCCACCAAGAAGCUUGGCUUUAAACAUCCAGUUAUUGGAGUCCAUGUCAGACGCACCGACAAAGUGGGGACAGAAGCAGCCUUCCAUCCCAUCGAGGAGUAUAUGGUACAUGUUGAAGAACAUUUUCAGCUUCUCGCACGCAGAAUGCAAGUGGAUAAAAAAAGAGUUUAUCUGGCUACUGAUGACCCUACUUUGUUAAAGGAGGCAAAGACAAAGUACUCCAAUUAUGAAUUUAUUAGUGAUAACUCUAUUUCUUGGUCAGCUGGACUACACAAUCGGUACACAGAAAAUUCACUUCGGGGUGUGAUCCUGGAUAUACACUUUCUCUCCCAGGCUGACUUCCUAGUGUGUACUUUUUCAUCCCAGGUCUGCCGAGUUGCUUAUGAAAUCAUGCAAACCCUGCAUCCUGAUGCCUCCUCAAAUUUCCAUUCUUUAGACGACAUCUACUAUUUUGGAGGCCAAAAUGCCCACAAUCAGAUUGCCGUUUAUCCUCACAAACCUCGAACUGAAGAGGAAAUUCCAAUGGAACCUGGAGAUAUCAUUGGUGUGGCUGGAAACCAUUGGGAUGGUUAUUCUAAAGGUAUCAAUAGAAAACUUGGAAAAACAGGCUUAUAUCCCUCCUACAAAGUCCGAGAGAAGAUAGAGACAGUCAAGUAUCCCACAUAUCCUGAAGCUGAGAAAUAGAGAUGAAGCAGAAGAGAUUAACAACAGAGCUCAGUUCAGACCAUCUCAGCCAAGCAGAAGACCCAGACUAACUCGAGGUUCAGUGUCGGACACGCUCCACACCAAGAGCAAGCGGGAACCCUCAGAUGCUGCACUGGUGGAACGCCUCUUUACGAAGGGCUGCGGUGCCCUCAAGCCCAUGCACAGUACAAUAAUGUACUCACACAUAACAUGCAAAUGGAUUAUUUUCUACUUUGCCCCUUUAAAUAUUAUGUCCCCAUUAAACAAACACUGCCACGUUGUGUAAUUUAAGUGACACAGACAUUUUGUGUGAGACUUAAAACAUGGUGCCUAUAUCUGAGAGACCUCUGUGAUUUACCGAGAAGAUGUGAACGGCUCCCUUCUCUGGGGAAGCUGCUGGUGGUGUGGCCACUGAAUUCACUCCAGUCAACAGAUUCAAAAUGAGAAUGGAUGCUUUCCUUUAUAUGGUUGUCUGGAUUUUUUUAAAGUAAUUUCAUCAGUUCAGUUUACCCACCUCAUCAUUAAUAAAUGAAGGAUACAUGAAUAAAAUAAAAUGAAAUAUUCACUCUCCAUUAGGAAGUUUUGUAAAACAAUGCCAUGAACAAAUUCUUUAGUACUCAAUGUUUCUGGACAUUCUCUUUGAUAACAAAAAAUAAAUUU